UAAUGUUUUGAAGCAGAUAUGAAUGAAUUGAGACUGGAGGACUCUUGAAUGGUGGGCCAUGAGUGUGAAGGGAGCAAUUGUUACUCAGGAUGGAAAAGGAUCUCAAUGGGAAUUUCUAAGUUAUGACUCACUCCAGAAGAUAGUCAGUUCUGCUCUUCAAAAGUUUGACAUUGAAGGAGAUGUUGAAGAGUGGGCUUUGAUGAACGAAAGUAGUCGGCGUUUUAUAACUGAACAGAACAGAGAAGAAGAACUACAUCCCGGCGUGGUGGCGACGAUAAAGCGCUCCCCCGCAAAGCUUGCGGAAGACUCCAUCCGCAUCCUCUCCUCAAAGCCUGAUCAUGAAAUCAGUUUGGAGCUGGAGAAUGUGGUCAAAUUGGCAGAGGAGUUUUCAUACGCACACGAGUUUUACAACCAAGAGGGCGUGACGCAACUACUGGAUAUAAUCAAAAGAACUCCGAUAUUUGAGAGUAUGAACUGUUCCAUCCUGGCGCUGUCUUUACAGGCUCUCUGCCUUGUUAUGGAGUACAUGGGAACAGAGCUAUGGACCAAGAUUCUCGACAAUAAUGCUAUCAAGAAGCUGACAGAGAUAAUAAAGUCACGUGAGGCCCGCGAAAAGGUGUUGGGAGUUCAUGACAACAAGAUCAGAACAAACACAAUGAGUAGCACUCUAACCAGAAACAGCAGUAUCAGGGAUUUCGACCUGCAGCACAAAGACAAGUUAGGAGCCACUGAUAGUGAGCCCCCUAUGGCCCAGUACGCCCUCGCUGCUAUUGACAGUGUUGUGAGAUUUACUGACGCUGGCUUCGAUAUUAUCUCUUCCCUUAUCAAACCUGCUGAUAUCAUCAUCUUUAUUACUGACACUAACAUUGAAUGUGCUCAAUACGCGCUAGCUCUGAUAAAUGCUUUGUUCGGGAAGCAGGAGAACAAACAGCAGUUUUAUCACGAUCUUCUCGAAUGGAAUGUUCGUGUCAAUAUUGAGAAAGUGAUACGGACAGUGAGACCGGAACAUAUGGAUAUCUCUCACCACAUCUCAGAGUUCCAGCACCUGCUCCUAGGAUUACACAAGGACGCAGCCCUGAAGCCAGUGAACGCAGAAGAUGAGGAACAAAUGGCCAUGUUGGAGCGAGUUAAGAUACAGGCUCUCUCCGAACAGAAUGGGAGCGAGUGGAGUGGCCUGGGUUUUACCAGCGAGUCAGGUGACACGGUGGAAGAGAGAGCAGCUGAUUUCCAGGCUUGCCCUCCUGGUUUGUUAGCUCUGCAGUGUAUCAACCACUUCGUACAGAAACACUACGACAGGCACCGGGAGAUGGUUCUAGAUCAACUGAGCAGAGAGAAAGACCGACAAUGUCCUUUUAUACGCUCUGCAGUAGCGGUCACUGGAUUGCUUUAUAAACAGCUCAGAAUUCAGAGAGAUUAUAUAGGCGUGGAGAUAGAUUUCCUGCCGAUUGUUUUCUCCCAAGACAACAUAUUCUUCGAGCUAUUUAGUAUAACAGUUCAGCUCUUCAACACUACAUGGCAUGAAAUGUUCGCAAAAAUUAGCGAUUUUAACAAGGUUGUAGACGUAGUUAAGGAGCAAUUGAACAUGGUCUUCAAAGGGGAAAAGAAGAUUAAUAAUACUGAAGAUUUCAAAGGGGCACUUAAGAUCGUUCCUUUCAGCAAAAUUCAGGAACAGAGGCUAAAAUCCUUGGAAAAAGAUUCUCUACCUAUCAUUCAAUUGCGUAAGAAGUUAAAGCCGGAACUGCAAGCUUUAGUUAACAGACAAAGGCUAACAAUCCUGGAGGCCGGCGAGGUGUUCAACUGUCCGAAGAGCAACAAAAGAAACAGGACCCUGUUUUGUAGGCUCUCCUCUAACCACAAGACUUUACAUUAUGGUUACGAUAUUGUUACUAACGAUAACACUUGUCCCCCUAUAGACGAGCUGCCUGAUAAAAUGAAUAUCCAUGAUAUUGAGGGUAUUAUUCUGUGGCGAGAUAUGAAGAACAAGAAUAGACCCCGGGGAUGGGAUUCGCCGCUGGGAUUCUCUCUGGAAUACAAUCAAUCAACGGCAAUGGACACACAAACUAAAACACUGGAUUUUAUCUCCCAAACUGUCGAGGUAUUUUCUUAUUGGACUGACGGGAUAAGUGUCUUGCAAAAGAAGGAUGCGUGUAACGAGACUGCUCAACAGCAUCUCUCAAUGUUACUUGAGAUGGAGAUCAAGAUACGACAGUUGGAUAUCCUCGACAUUGAAGGAUUGCAUCUUCCCGAGCAUCCCCCAUCCAUCCCACCCAUUCCUGACAACUUCAACUUUCACUAUAACUUCAACUGAAGCCUGCCAGCUACACUUUAUUUUUUAAACUUUCGUUUUGAUUGUAGUUAAACUUAAUGUAUAUGUGAAAAUGCCAGCUUCUGCUUAGAGAAAUUCUAUGAUGAGAACUAUGAAACUGGUGUGUUUUCAAACAAUGUGACAAUCAAGUAAUGAACAGUAAUCUCAUAUAUUUUAUCUAUUUCAAUUAUACGCAUGCUCAAAAUACUGUUGAAACAGCCAUAAUAUAAUGUUCAUAUUGCCUCACUGAUUAACCACACUUUAAUCAUGUGUUUUUAAGUUUUAACUAUGAGUUUGGUUUUAUUCUUUAUUUUACGUGAUCUGUUUUAAGAGUCAAAUCCCGAAUCUUAUAUUUGGUCAACCGUUAUACGCAAAUAUAUUGUUGCUUUGAUAUUUCAAUAUACGGCUCAUUUAUUAGGAUUUAUGUUAUUAGUAUUUUACACUGAAAUAAUUACGUUGUAUUUUAAUGUUUAUAUGUUGUCUGAUUUACCCACAUCUGAUAAACCAUCCUACUAACGCACUGCACAUCACUAGUCAGUAGUCACGUGGCAAUAUAUCAUACCACGUGACUAUAAAUAUUCGUGACGUUGCACUGCGUAGUUUGGGGCACUUUGGAUGUGGGAAGAUCGUUUCUUGGAAUGGGUCAGUUCGGAGUCGUCUCCUACAACUCCUACAGUAUCGGUUAUGCGAGCCAGAUUUUGUUACACUGCCAUUUUCCGUGACUAUUAUUUUUACCACAAGGAUUUGACAGUUGUUUUGUA